AAAAAAAAAAAAAAAAAACCCUAAGCGAUAUAUACACAGCUCAGGCCACAAACGCGAGAAUCUGCCUCGUGAUAAUGAUGAAAUCUUCUUCCCUCAUCUUGCGGGAUCUACGUCAGAGUUUAAAGCGGACGUUUAGCGGAUCUCCAGGGCUGAUGCUUUUUCCAAAAGACGGUGGUUUUGUGCUGUACAACCCUAAAGAAGGCAGUAUCCAAAGGAACCAGGGAGACUUUUCAGGGUGUCGCUUCCUGGCAAACUCGGGUAACUGGCUCUUAGUGUUAGAUUCUGUAUCCAAUUUAUAUAUCUUAGAUGUGUUUAGCCAUAGAAAGAUCCCUCUCCCGUCUCUAGAGUCGAUUGACUCAGCUGAUUGUACUAUCAAGCGCGUGGGAGAUAGAGUAUUUGAAAGGCAUGAUUCUGACUGUAUUUUCAGUGAUCUGAGUUCUGAUGUCGUGAGGGGUCUUUUGUGGGUUUCCGAGAGUGGAAAAGAGUACGUUGUGGUGUGGUUGUUCGACCUCCCUGGCCACUCUUAUUUAAGCUUUUGCAAGAAUGGUGAUACUCAUUACACUGACAUUCCUCUAUUUUACCACCAAGACUUGCACCGGUAUGAUGGCUUAUCGGAUAUGGUGCUAAGCGGUGACCGUCUUUAUAUCUCAACAAGUCGUCGUUAUGUCCGAAUCCUAGAUCUGUCUUGUCCGCAAGGUUUCUACAACGACAUUACCGGUCGUACACCAUUCCCAAUGCUUUCUCGUCAUGAUCAAAGAUACGAUUCUAGCAUUGCGGUUAAUACAUCAGGAGAGGUUCUGUUGGUUGAGAGUGAUCCAUAUAAUAGGACCUGGUUCCGCCUCUACAAGAAUGAUCCUGAUGUAGAAAACCCGGAUUGGGCUUGUCACACGGUUGUUGAGGUAGAUUCUCUUGGUGGUGAGGCCCUGCUUCUUGACUUGGGUUACACUGUGCCUGCUAACAAGGCCCUUGGUAUCGAACCAGACUGCAUCUAUUUCACUCGUCACUUUCGUCCCUGCCAUUGCACACCUCGCGACCUUGACAUAUGUGUGUUCAGUCUUGCAACCAAGACUCUUGAUCGCUUUCCUGAUCUUGACAAGAUGAAUCUCAUGGAUGCUCGAUGGUUUCUCCCUGGGAAUUAA